AUGGGUGAAUUGCCGAACGAACGAGUCAAUCAAGCUCGCCCUUUCUAUCACAUUGGAGUGGACUAUUGCGGUCCAUUUUAUAUCAAAGAGAAGAAGCUAUGGAACCGCGGGAAGGUAAAGGUGUCCGUGGCUGUUUUCAUCUGUCUCGCUGUCAAGGCUGUUCACCUGGAAGUCGUCAGUGAUCUCACCACCGACGGAUUCAUCGCAUCCUUGAAGAGAUUCAUUGCUCGACGUGGAAAAUGUCGCAGCAUCCAUUCAGACAACGAAACCAACUUUGUUGGGGCAAACAAUCAGCUCAGGGAGCUAUACCGACAAGUCCAAUCCGAGGAACACCAUCAGAAGGUCCAACGAUAUCUCACCGAUGAGGGCAUUGACUGGAAAUUCAUUCCAGCUCGUUCUCCAAACUUCGGCGGCUUGUGGGAAGCCGCGGUCAAAUCGUACAAACACCAUAUGACUAGAAUAGUGGGAGACACUCUGCUCACUUUCGAAGAACUAAAUACCUACGUUAUUGAGAUUGAGGCGAUUCUCAAUUCGCGUCCAAUCAUAUCAAGCUCAUCAGAUCCUAAUGAUCCCAUCGCCAUCACACCGGGUCAUUUUCUCAUUGGAGAUUCGCUGACCAGUAUACCAGUCUGGAAUUGGACUGACAUUCCGUCCAAUCGUUUAUCAUCUUGGGAAACUGUUCAGAAACUUAAGCAAACAUUCUGGACACGCUGGCAUAAAGACUAUAUCAACGGCUUGAACAUACGACAUAAAUGGACAAAGAGGAGUCAUGACAUCAAAGAAAAUACCAUCGUAGUCAUCAAGGAUGACAACCUGCGCCCACUCCGAUGA